UAAGGGACUGAUCGAAGCUCGAGGUAUUUCCACUUCUUCCUUUCCGGCUUCCGCUGCAUUCGAGAUCUGAGCUGACGUGACGCGAUGUAAAAGAAGUCUAGAUUCAUCAUGGCGAUGAACUCCCUUAUUUCGUGGGCGCUGUUUAUCUCCGUCGUGGGAGCGAUUUGGUUCGUUCAGCAGCGUGGGAAGACUCCCCAGGCCCAGAAGAUCGCGAAGAAGGUUGCGGAGGUGUUACCGGAGAAGGUGAAGGCUGUGCCUGAGAAGGCAAAAGCAAAAGUGGCGAGCAGCGGUGGUGGUGGGGUGGAGUCGGCCGGCGAGGUCAAGAAGAAGGCCAAGAAGAAGGUCAAGAAGUCGUCAUCAUCGGCGGCCGCGUCGCUGAGCAACUCCGUCGUCAAGGAGAAGAAGGUCGAGGUCAAGAGCGAUGACGACGACGAUGACGACGAUGUUGCCGAGGAGGUCGAUCUGAAGGACGUUGCUCGCCGCUUGAAGCUCGGAGGAGCUGGACGCUACGCAGGCAGCCAGACCUCUUCCACCGGUGCCGACGGCGACAUCGAUGAGGAGUACUCCAAGUCCAACGACCCCUCCGAUAUGCUCGAACCCUCUACCAGCGGCCCAGGAGUCCUCCGCAUCGGUGCCCCCGUCCAGCCUCCCCGUACCCAGAAGAAGAAGUCCGCCCCCGUCAACGACUCCGGAGUCCACGCUGCCAAGAACGCAAAGAAGAAGGAGAAGGAGAAGGCUGCACGCGCCCAGGAACGCGCCGAACAGCACGCCCGCCUCGAACAGCACCGUAAGGCCCAACGCGUUGCUGAGGCCGCUCGUCCUGCUGUCUCCUCCCCCGCUCCCGUCUCCGCCGCCGCUGCCGCUGCUUCCUCCGCCUGGACUCAGGUCGGAAGCAAGAAGCCCCCCCGCGCUACUACCCCCGUCCCCGCCGCCACCUCGACCGCUUCUUCCUCCAGCGCGCUCCUCGACACCUUCACCCCCGGCGACUCCGACUCCGAGCCCAUCCAGCGCUCCACCACCCUCGGCGACUCCUGGGAGUCCAUCCCUCCCAACGCCAUGGUCCCCGAGCCGGAGUGGAACGAGGUCAAGAGCAAGAAGUCGACUCGCAGCAUGAGGAAAUCCGACGACUCGGCCGACGAGACGAUCACCCUUCCAAAGGCGAAGACGCCCACCCCCGCCCCUGAGCCGAGGGCCACCCUGGCUCCCCCUGUGGCUACUAAGCAGGUCAAGGCCCCCAAGAAGGAGACUCGUGGCAGCACGACGUCGGGAUCCGACUGGGCCGAGGUCGAUAACAUCGACAACUGGGAGGUGCACCCGGAGAGCUCAGAUUACUAGAAGUUGGUCAUGAGACGACGGCGGUAGAAGGGGAGAUGAGAUGAGCGACGAUGGGGAUGAUGGUGCUCUUUUUAGCGGUUAUUUCCUAGGUUUCUUUUUCCUUGACUUCGACUUCGACCUCUUCGUGGGUUUUCGCUUCAUUUUUCAUAUUGGGCGGACUUGAACAAAAAAAGGAAUCGUGCUGUUGAUUCUACCUACCUACAUACUCUGACGUGUAAUUGCCCGGAUGCACAUCUCAUCCCCCGCCCAUCAAGACCAGACUCUGUCCUGUCCAGUCCGGGCUUUGGGGACUUGUGGCAUAUCAUACGAAGGGGCAUGGGCAUGCGGCUUGUAGUGCGAAAUUGAAAGAUGAAACUUCAAUGUACUUUAAAGAUUUAUUGUUUCCUUCCUUCCUUCUGUCGAGUCUACUUUUUUGUUUUUUUAAAGGGUUAAUUGGGAUGGGAUGGGAUGGGAUGGGAUGGCUAGAGAAAGAAAAUGGCUUAAAAGGAGC